UAGUAGCUUCCUACCAAAAAAAAUUCAAAAAAUGGCUAAUCGAGUUCAUCUCCUCUCCAAAAUCCCUCGUUCUACAACUAUAACAAACAACCCCAAAAAUCCCAUCUCAUUUCCCUUCUCUUCUUCAAUCCCCACCACAACACUCUCUCAACAAACCCAAUCUACCCAACUCAACUCCAACAACUACCAACAAGAACGCUAUCAGCAAGUUGAAAACCUUCAAACUUUACUUCGACAGAACAGCAAUGGCGCUGCUUACACUCUUACAAAAUCAAUCAUUCUCUCAAAAUCAAAUUUCUCAUCACCCUCUGAUCUCUUCUCAUGCUUCUCAACAUCCCCAAUUCCUUUACAAAUCACACUCUCAGAGAUGCUGGUCUCCGUUUGUUGCGAGUCGAAAAUGCAUCACGAAGCUGUAGAAUUGUGUAAAUUCUUAUUCGAAUCUUUGGUAAAUGAUAAACAAUUUGUUAAGGUUCUUGAAUUGUUUAACAAGAUUGAGAAAUCGGGUCUUCGGCUUGAGACUGUUAUGUACGGGAAGGCGAUACAGGCUGCGGUUAAAUUGGGGGAUGUGAAGAUGGGUUUGGAGCUUUUGGAUUCGAUGAAAAAGAGAGGAGUUUGGACUAAUGUGUUUAUCUACAAUGUUUUGAUUGGUGGGCUGUGUAGAGAGAAGAGGAUAAGGGAUGCAGAGAAGCUGUUUGAUGAAAUGCGUAAGAGAAAUUUAGUGGGGAGUGUUGUGACUUAUAAUGCUCUUAUUGAUGGGUAUUUUAAGGCGGGUGAUGUGGAUGCUGCGCUUAGAAUGCGGGAGAGGAUGAAGGAAGCUGGAGUGAAGGCGAGUGUUAUUACUUUUAACUCGUUGCUUAGCGGGUUUUGUAGGAUGCGGAGAAUGGAGGAUGCGAAAAGUGUGUUGAAAGAUAUGGAAAUGAAUGGUUUUGUGCCUGAUGGGUUUACUUAUAGUAUUCUUCUUGACGGGUUUUUCAGGUGCGGUGAUGAGAAUGGUGCUGUGCAGUUGUAUGAGCAAGCCUCUGGUAAAGGGAUUAGGAUUAGUAAUUAUACGGGUAGUGUUUUGUUGAACGGAUUAUGUCAAGAAGGGAAAGUUGAGAAGGCGGAGGAGAUGUUGGUGAAGCUUUUGGAAAAUGGUCUUGUUCCGAAUGAGGUUAUAUAUAAUACUAUUGUGAAAGGGUAUUGUCGAUCCAGUGAUUUGAAUAAAGCUAUUUUGACUAUUGAGAGAAUGGAAAAAUUAGGGUUGAAGCCUAAUCAUAUAACCUAUAACUCUUUGAUUGAUAAGUUUUGUGAAAUGAAAGAGAUGGAUAAGGCAGAGGAGUGGGUAAAGAAGAUGACCCAGAAGGAUAUAGCACCAACUGUGGAGACAUACAACAGCCUCAUUGAUGGCUUUGGAAAGUUAUGCAGGUUUGAUAUGUGUUUUGAGAUUCUUGAACAAAUGGAAGAGAUUGGGGUGAUACCCAAUGUUGUAAGCUACGGUUCUCUCAUAAAUUGUUUAUGCAAGGAUGGGAAGAUUCUCGAGGCAGAAAUAGUCCUUAGGGAUAUGAUUAGCAAAGGGGUUUUGCCUAAUGCCCAUGUAUAUAAUAUGCUUAUUGACGGAAGUUGUGUGGUGGGGAAAUUGAGAGAUGGUUUAAGGUUCUUCGAUGAGAUGAUGAGACGUGAGAUAGGCCCGACGAUUGUGACUUAUAACGCACUCAUUAACGGUCUCUGCAGAAAGGCAAGGUUGAUGGAAGCUGAAGACUUGCUUCUCCAGAUUACCAGCAGCGGUCUUACUCCUGAUGUGACGACUUACAAUUCGUUAAUCUUUGGAUACGCUAAUUCUGGAAAUACCCUGAAAUGUCUCGAGCUAUAUGAAACUAUGAAGAAUUUGGGCAUAAAAGCUACUGUUAAUACAUAUCAUACUCUAAUCAUUGGAUGUAGCAAGGAAGGGAUAGAAGUAGUAGAGAGACUAUAUAAUGAAAUGUUACAGAUGAAUUUGGCUCCUGAUCGAGUUUUGUAUAAUGCCAUGAUUCAGUGCUAUGCUGAGAUAGGAAACACUGCAAAGGCGCAUGCUUUGCAUCAGGAGAUGCUAGACAGGGGAAUUCAAACGGACAAAAUGACUUACAAUAGUUUGAUUCUGGGUCAUUUCAGAGACGGAAAGUCGUCAAACAUAAAUGAUCUCGUCGAUGAUAUGAAGUCUAAAGGGUUGACUCCUAUGGGUUAUACUUAUAACAUUUUAGUUAAGGGACACUGUGACAUAAAGGAUUUUAAUAGAGCAUAUGCUUGGUCUAGAGAAAUGUUUGAAAAUGGUUUCCUUCUAAAUGCAAGUAUUGGUAAGGAGCUCAUAGAUGGCCUUAAGCAGGAGGGGCAGUUGCAAGAAGUGCAAGUUCUUUGCUCAGAGUUGAACAUUGAAGAAACCGAUGAUUGGAGCUCUAGCGAGCAGCUUUCUGCAGAUGCCAAAACAUAAGAGAUGCAAUGAAGUUGCCUUGAGAAACAUAAUUUACAUAUUAAUCUAAUAUAAGUUGUGCAUUACUUUUUCAUGUUCAAUUUUGGCACCGGAAUUGAGAUUCGAAGUUUGGAUUGAUUGCACUACUUGUUGAAAACAACCCUACGGAAUAGACUUGGCGAUUCAACCCCUCUACGGAAUAGACCUGGCGAUCCAACAACCCUGCAGGUCUGCCCUACGAGAUAGACCCGUGGAGGAAUUUUACCCAAGGAGCUCUCUCUUUAUGAAGUUGUUACUCUCCACAACAAGAGAAUGAGAAAAUUAGUAAAUUCUUGACUAGCUCUUCUUGUCUGCAAGCUACUGUAGGAAGCUAAUAGUAUUACAAAGGGUACCUAAUAGACAAGGAACGAAGGAGCAAAAACAGCAUUUUUCUGAGGCUGAUGCUGUCUGGUUUACCAUUACCAAGAUUUCAGACAUAAAAGAGGUAUAUCUUUUCCUAGUUCAUCCUCUUUUGUCUAUGUUUGAUUUUUAAUAGACAUACAUUCUAUACUGUAAUUGUUAUGUAAUUACAAUUAUGAUACAUUAGUAAAACAUAACAAAAUUAAGCCUCAAACCGCUGUAAUAUAUCUGAUUCAUUGUUCUCUAUCUAUUUUACUCAACAAAAAAUACAAGAACUUAAAAAAGAAGCAAUUUUUAUCCAAAUGAACCAAACCCAACUCAAGGUUUCAUCAUAUUAUUAAGCAUCUUCAUCAAAAACAACAACCAAACAAACAAAAAAACAGCUACCAAAACUCUAAAA